UAAAUUUACAUCUGGCCUGAACUUGAUGGUAGUGGUAUGCAGGCGAAUACCCUUCCCCAGCCUCUUGAUCCCUUUAUUAUUUCAUACACCAUGCCUGGCAAUAAACUACAGAGUUCUAAAGUAUAACAGGGCUUACGAAACUGCUUCAGUUACACCUUUAACUUUUGAGGCCCCGUCUCUCACUCGUUCCAUUAGACGCUCCCAUGGCAACCGCAGUACUAGUACAGCGUCGUUAAUGACCCCGAGGCAUAAAUCAAGUUCCACGCAAGAGGUUGAUAGCGCCGGAUUCGUCGAGCCGAGCAGUGUCUUGUCUCAGGAUCCCAGGAGGAUAAAGUUAUUAUCGGUACACACUAAAAUCCCUGGCGUGCGCCAAGGAGAUAAACGAUCUCACGCACGGAAAGCAGAAGACUCGACAAAAUUCAUGAUCAAAAUUUUGGGAGGAACUGUGAAAUACUGGUACUGGAGUACUGAUAACCCAACGCACGGACCGCCUACCAAACUGGGAUUUGAGGGGGGUGAUGGAACGGAGUUGAUAGAUCAGGUGAAUUCUGUAAAGAUGGCCGUUUGUCUCGCCAAUAAUGUGGGGAAAAGAGAAACGAAGACAGAAAGCGGGGAGGGAGAGAAGAGAAAACGGAGAGAAGGGGAAAAAAAGGAACAAAUUCGACACGGGCGCUUCCAAAUGGGUUCGGAACAUGAGCAAUCAGCGGUGGUUGCGCACGACCACAAAGCCUGA